AUUUGAGUGGUGAGAUUGAACAAUGCAGUUUUGAUGAAAACUGUGAAAACAAUGACUAUCCACGCCAGCCAUCUUUAUUAUUGAUUGUGAAGUGGGGAGGGGAGUUAACUCCAGCAGGCAAAAUUCAGGCUGAAGAUCUGGGAAAGGCUUUCAGGACUCUUUAUCCUGGUGGACAAGGUCAGUUUGAGACACCAGGGUUGGGCUUCCUUCGACUCCACAGUACUUUCCGACAUGACCUUAAGAUCUAUGCUUCUGAUGAAGGGCGAGUCCAGAUGACCGCUGCAGCAUUUGCUAAGGGGUUACUGGCCCUGGAAGGGGAGUUAACUCCGAUCCUCGUACAGAUGGUGAAGAGUGCCAACACAAAUGGUCUUCUGGACAAACAGGGGGAAACCUCGAAAUACCAGCACACGUAA